GUCCGCAAUCGCUUCGCCACCUUUUCCCUCUGACAGUCGGUAGGAAGCAUCAUCAUUAGGAUGCAUUAUCCUGCUUUCUCUGCCUAUCUUUCGUAAACCUUCCUAUGAAAUUUUCCUUCGUGUACACCAUGCGUUAUCAGCACUUUCUGUUUAUGCCAUCUGGCAACACAUAUCAUCCGAUUCACUAUUUCCCCUUCUUUACUUGUAUAUCUUGGCAGGGAUUUUCUUUUCAUGUGUGUAACUCAAUGCUUGCUUUUCUUCUAUCGAAACGGUUUCUGUCGGGUCUUACACAAGUUCAUAUCACGCAUGUAUCUGGUGCUGUCCGGCUCCGCUUACAAUGUCGAAAGCCACUAGCUAUCAAAGCCGGGCAGUACAUUAAUCUCUGGAUACCUGAGGUCAACUUCUGGUCCUUCCUGCAAAGUCACCCAUUCGUUGUGAUCUCUUGGGCAGAACAAUCACAGGAUCAUUUGGAGCCCUUCAUCGAGCCUCGGAGAGGAAUUACUCGCAAGCUUUUGCAUCAUGCCAAGAAUGGGCGUUCUGUGCACUCCUUGGUGUUGUUUAGUGGUCCUCAUGGAAAUAGUAUCCGCAUGGACGAUUGUGAAAAUAUCCUCAUGGUAGCCAGCGACUUCGGGAUCGCGGCUCAAUUACCAUAUCUCAAGCAGCUGAUCCAUGGCUAUAAUACCCGUAAGCUACGUACCCAACGUAUCCAUCUGGUUUGGCAGGUCCGAGAUAUUGGUGAGUAUUUAAAGCACAAUAUGUUUAUCAAAAUAAGUAUCUGACAAGAACAGACGUUACAAUAGCUGUGCAACCGCUAAUCAAUGGUGCAUUGAGCGAGGAUACACUUGAUGAUGGUUGGGUAUUUAUCGUGACCCUAAUAUUGUUAUCGGUUUCUGAGAAAAAAUUGUAGAUUCUCGACAUUUCGAUCUAUUGUGAAUCAAGGGACACCACCGUAUCCUCUGGAAAGCGAGCAAGCGUCUCUCUGGCAAGGCCCCAAUACAUGAUAUUAUCCAAGAAGAAAUUUCAAAGAGGCAGAUGAAGACGAAGCCGGUUAAAGAACUCGAAUCUAGAAGAUCUGAUGGAAAGAUGAUUGUCAUAGGUACGCUCAAUAAUCUACUAUUUGAAGACUGCUAACAAUUUUGAAGUCUCUGGUACUAAAAAAGUUCGAGAUGAGCUAAAAAGUGCCAUACGGGAUAAAUUGGCGGAUGACGUGAAAUAUUUUGAACUUGAUUACCAGCCUGUAUAGAAAUGAGAAAACAAGAAUAUGACGUUCUUUUCUCUAUAGAGGAUUAUGUUUUAGAUUGUGCUUAUAACUUUAGUUUAUGCCUC